UUGCCCUAUUAAUUCCAGUUAAUAUAUUGCGGUUUGCCUCUAUGACUGGUUCUGUUUGAUUCGCUGCUAUCAUCUAUCAACAUCUCCAUCAAGUAACUUUAACGAUUGCGAAAUUCGGUCUGAUUAGUAAUCGAAUGCGCUUGAAGUUUAACUAACUGAAGUUUAAAUACUACUAACUAUUCAGCGGCCGUCGCACAAACUUACCGUCUCGUUACCGACAAACCUCGUCAAACGAUAGCCGUGCAUGUUGAUUCGUAAAUGAUAACUUUUUGUUUUCUCGCUUACACUAACGAUACCAGUAAAUUGGUUUGGUCGGGGCUGCGUGGCGAUCACCGCCAACGGGACUUAGAAUGCGGUUGUCUAUUGCAAGGACUUCCAUUGCGCUGAGAAGCAUCCCUCGACCCUGUCCAUUGCGUGACAUGGUCACUAUAUUAUCACUAUGAGCCGGAAAAAACGAUGCUCUUGCAAAGGCCGCACUAACAAAAAACAUACUUUUCAGCUGACUCGAACGCUAUGUGCAGCACUUUCACAGUUGUGUUGGGUUUUCUGUUGUCCUCCAUGCCCGCCCUGUAUCAUACGAAAAAUUGCCUUCCAUCCACCGAAGCCGCCGACCUACAAGAUCGUAACCACCAGCAAAGGGAUGCCCAAAAUGGUCAUCCAAGACGAAUCACUCAAAAUUUUACCUCUUCCCCAAAUGCGGAGCAAAACGAUCUUGCUCUAUGAGAAGAUCUCUACGUGCAUGUGCCGAGAACAUAAGAAAAUUGUCGCUAUGCAAUGGCUUCACACUUCUGAAACGUCGAGAAGCAAUCUGGUCAUCUUGCAUAGUCACGUAAAUGCUGCGGACCUCGGAACGGUACAGUUCCCUAUGGAGACUCUAGCUAGACGAACAGGCUGCGAUGUGAUAGCUUACGAUUACAGCGGGUAUGGUGGUAGCGACGGGUCGCCAAGUGAGGACGUGAUCUUGAGGAACGCUGACAUGGUUAUGAAGUACAUCAACGAUGUUCUUCACCGCCCUCCUUCGGAUGUGAUUGUGUACGGGCAAAGUAUUGGUUCAGUACCGACCUGGUAUCUUGCUAGCAAAUACGACGUGGCAGGCGUCAUUCAACUCUCGGGCCUCUACUCUGGUUGGCGAACGCUGAACCGCGAGAGCGGAUCCAUCGAGAACGUUUCACAGUCGGGAUGCUGUUGCUUGAAUCCUUUUAAUAAUGCUGGUUUAGUCAAGGAGGUGCGAUCUCCGGUGCUGCUGAUUCACGGUAAGGCAGACGAAGUAAUUCAGUUCUCACACGCAGUGGAACUGCUUCGUUUAUGUGGCGCUUUUGCUGUUCCCCCAUUAUGGAUUGACGGAAUCGGGCAUGUAGGAAUAGAGCGGACCCGCGAAUUCUACGAGAGAGUAAAUAAGUUUCUUCACGAGGAGGUUCGGAGAUUCGCAGCAGCGCAACUCGCUGUGUCAAACUCGACGAUUUCGUCUCGGUCGGCGGAUACACCGUCUGCCGCAGUUCCGACGACGCGUUUGACGCGAAACAUCCAGCUGUCCCCGAAGUUCGCUCAAUCAAGUGACGCCAAUCAGACGAAAUCGAAGCCCAUACGGAUGAUCAGGGACAUUAGUAAAUUCACGGCCGGCUUUUGGAGAAUGGAGUCUGAGUAGCGGUCUUUCAGUGACGGUAUGUAUGCAAUAAAAUGCUACAUCACGUUCAGAUUAGAACGAGCGCGGAAGUAAAAAAACGGUGUAUUAAAAUCAAUCCGUAAAAUCUCACGUAUUAUACGCAGCUGCUACGAGGCGACAGUGGUUUCAGAUGAGGAGAGCAAGAGCCAGCUCUGCGGACCCGAAACAAGGGAAGGAUUCAAUGUUGGCAUAUUCACCAGCAUAUUCAUCAUGAUAAAUUGGUGAGAGAGUAUAUACGGCCCUCGAAAUGUAGCUAGCGCUGUGUCUGUCAUCUAGUUUUUGGAAAGGCAAAAAGGCAAGUCGGAAGUAGAGGGGAACUUGUUAAGCACGGGUAUAUGCUAACGCGGAGACUGCAAAUUACCUCGAUGGUGUCAGCCUCCAAAGACAAUCACUGUUGUUCGUGCUCAUCAAGCGAGCCUCAUAAAUCUAUGACACCUCGUAACACGCGUUCCAUUUUCUAUGAGCUAAUGAACAAAAGUUGUAAGAAUAUGUGCGAUGCGAGUUACGUCAUUCGUACAGGCGGCUUUAAGGACGGUAGUUGUUGAGACCUUCAUGAAUAUGACGCUGGUACUUAUGCCCAGAGCAAACAAUACGCAUUUUGCGGAAGUUCUUCCUACAUAAUAACGUCCUGCGUGAAGUAAACUUUACGCCGAAUGUAACUUAAAUACGACGCAGAGCGGUCGUUGACGCUCUACAGACCUAAGCUUCAUUCGCUAUGGCCGUUCGUCGAAUGAAAUGCAGAAGUUAAAUAGGCUGUCUCAGCAGCGUGCAGACUCACUAGUCGUGAGUUUCGCAAAUCAGUACCUUUAUAACUUAUGUAUCGAAUGAAGAAACACCGAAGUUGAUUUGUAUUGGAGUACUUGAUUAUGUAGUGCAAGGUAGUUUCGACCAGGUCAUCAUAUUUAUCGUUUGAAGAAAAUUUAACUUACGGGAAAACGGGCGGUGAACCCUCUGGCUGAGGAGACCAGCAGUCGC